CGCCUCCGCGCAGCCUCCCUGCAUCCGAGCGCGAGCAUCAGUGCGCAGGAACAGAGGCAGAGAAGACGGGGGGACAGAAGAGACCGAGGAAAGACAGAGACAGAGACGGGACGCCAUCGGGUCCCUGGAGCGGCGCCUCUCCCGGACCAGCGGCUUCUUCUCGGCCUCUCGGCCCUCUAUGGGUGUGAGUGGGAGCGGCCGGUAGUCGGGCGGUGUCUCCUCCAUCUCUGCGCUCUUCUUCCCGCUCCGUCCGGACAACAAAAUGGCGGAUGUCAUCGAGCUCGGACCGGCCUACGCCAUGUCUCCGGUCCUGGCGGGCUUCCUGGGAGCUGGGGUUCUGGUUCUGGUGGUGGUGGUUCUGGUUCUGCUCUGGUCCUUCUGUCAACGGCGUUACCUUCGCGUCUCUGGACGCUACAAGCUGCACGGCGACCGUUACUGCGACUCCGAAGACCCCCCUUACAAGUUCAUCCACAUGUUGAAGGGCAUCAGCAUUUACCCAGAAUCCCUCAGCAGCAGCAAGAGGAUCGUCCGAGGCAUCCGGCGCGCGGACCGGUCCAAACGUGACGGCGAGCGCGGCUUCCCAACAGCUGGCGCGGGGAGGGGCCUGGUGCUGGUGGACGCCGAGAACAACAUCCUGGACGUCCCGGGUCAGCUCCAAAUGAGUCAUCUGGUCCCGCCCGCCGGGCCAGGCCCCGCCCACGGCGCAGGGCGGACGGAGCGGGCUCUGCCGGUCCGCGCCGACUACUGCUGCCUGGACAGCAGCUCGGCCGGCAGUAGCCAGACCAGCAGCAAGACGGCGUCCCCCUUCACCCCGGCCCCCUCAGAGCCGGAGCCCGACCCGAGUCUGGGCACCGUCAGCCUCACUGUCGACUACAACUUCCCCAAGAAGGCGCUGGUGGUGACCAUCGUCGGCGCCCGGGGCCUCCCCGCCAUGGAUGAGCAGGCGGGCAGCUCGGACCCCUACGUGAAGAUGACCAUCCUGCCGGAGAAGAAGCACCGCGUCAAGACCCGCGUGCUGAGGAAGACCCUGGACCCGCUGUUCGACGAGACCUUCACCUUCUACGGCGUGGCCUACAGCUCGCUGCCCGAGCUCACCCUGCACUUCCUGGUCCUCAGCUUCGACCGCUUCGCUCGCGACGACGUCGUCGGCGAGGCCGUGGUGCCGCUGAAGGGCGUGGACCCGAGCACGGGCCGAGUCCACCUGAGCCAGCAGAUCAGCAAGAGGAACAUGCAGUGUGAGACUCGUGGCGAGCUGCUGGCGUCUCUGUCCUACCAGCCGGUGUCUCAUCGCCUCAGCGUGGUCGUCCUGAAGGCCCGACACCUCCCCAAGAUGGACAUCACCGGCCUGUCCGCGAACCCGUACGUGAAGGUGAACGUCUUCUACGGACGCAAGCGCAUCGCCAAGAAGAAGACGCAUGUGAAGAAGUGCACGCUGAACCCCGUCUUCAACGAGUCCUUCAUCUACGACAUCCCGCCGGAGCUGCUGCCCGAGAUCUCCGUGGAGUUCCUGGUGGUGGACUUCGACCGGACCACCAAGAACGAGGUGCUGGGCCGCCUGCUGCUGGGCCUCCACGGCCCCGCCCCCUCCGGCGCCUCCCACUGGAGGGAGGUCUGCGAAAACCCCCGCCGGCAGAUCUCCAAAUGGCACAGCCUGAGCGAGUACUGAGGGAGGAGCUAAAGACUCACACACACACGCACGCACGCACACACACACACCCCGUUCACACCUGGUGCUCACAUGCGUCUCCGGCGAUCUGAUCCCACGUCAGCUCUUAUGGUGGCAAAGAGACAAAGAAGUUGUGUCUGGUCCCUCGCAGACCUCCUCCGCCCGUUAUGAACGCUUGACAUCAGCCUGGGCCCGAGGGAAUUACCCAUGAUUCAUAGCAAGGGCAAACAAAGAGAUGUGUGUUCAGCCCGGAGAUCCACACGGAGAUGUUAAGGAUUAAUAAAUACAAUAAAAUCUAGACUCACCGAUUUAUUCAGCGAACAUCUUGCCUUUUGAAAUCAAUUGUUAUUCGACAAAUGAGUCAAACGCAGUGAUUGUACGUCACCGUGGUAACGCACCCUCACUAGUCUUAUAUAGCUGUAGAAGUUCAGGCGUCACGCGGUCAGAUCCCCGAAGACUGGAGGGAACGCCGGGUGUGAACGCCCCCCCCCUAUUGCAUCAUAACAUCCUCAAGCCUCAUAAAAACCCUCCACCUCCUUUAAAGAGAAGCAGAAGGAGCCGUGAGUCAUCGAUCAGACUGUGCUGAGUGUGUCGACGGGGGGAAGGAAUGCUCAGAUAUUAAAAAAGAAAAGAAAAAAGAAGAUUCCCCCUCUUGCUGUUGUUGUCAUGCAGUUCAUCGCAUGUCUGUCCGAAGAGUAAACAAAAAAAGUCCAAAUGAAGAACUGCUGACAUCCCACUAAGUGAUUGACAGGACCAUGAUGCAACAUUUAAAUGACUCACUAACACUGUGUAAUAUAAUAUAUCCUAAUAUAUCCAAGUAUAAGUACUCCUCAGUAGGACCAGUUAAGUGACGUGUCCCACAUGUUCCGGGGCGGCGGCAGCAUGAUCCCCGGUUCUCUCUUCUCAGUCCUGAUCCUGGAGGAUCCCUCAGCUUCAUGUGGAUUUACAAACGGUUCACGUCUCCUGACUGAAGACGACUGGAAAGAUGCUGAUAGAGCGGCUUGGAGCAGGACGAGAGACCCUGUAAAAUACUUCAUUUACUAAGUAGUCUCAGCAGGAAGCAGCUGUGGCGGCUGAUUGAGACUCGUUAUGAUCAGGAAUCGUCAUGACCUGGACUCCUUAUGACCUGGACUCGUUAUGACUUGGACUCCUUAUGACUUGGACUCCUUAUGACCUGGACUCGUUAUGAAUUGGACUCCUUAUGACCUGGACUCGUUAUGAAUUGGACUCCUUAUGACCUGGACUCGUUAUGACUUGGACUCCUUAUGACUUGGACUCCUUCUGACCUGGACUCGUUAUGAAUUGGACUCCUUAUGACCUGGACUCCUUAUGACUUGGACUCCUUCUGACCUGGACUCGUUAUGAAUUGGACUCCUUAUGACCUGGACUCCUUAUGACUUGGACUCCUUCUGACCUGGACUCGUUAUGAAUUGGACUCCUUAUGACCUGGACUCCUUAUGACUUGGACUCCUUCUGACCUGGCCUCGUUAUGAAUUGGACUCCUUAUGACCUGGACUCGUUAUGACUUGGACUCCUUCUGACCUGGACUCGUUAUGACUUGGACUCCUUAUGACUUGGACUCCUUCUGACCUGGACUCGUUAUGACUUGGACUCCUUAUGACUUGGACUCCUUCUGACCUGGACUCGUUAUGAAUUGGACUCCUUAUGACAUGGACUCGUUAUGACUUGGACUCCUUAUGACUUGGACUCCUUCUGACCUGGACUCGUUAUGAAUUGGACUCCUUAUGACAUGGACUCCUUAUGACCUGGAAUCAUUACGAUCUGGAAUCAUUACGAUCUGGAAUCGUCAUGACUUGGACUCCUUAUGACCUGGACUCCUUAUGACCUGGACUCGUUAUGACUUGGACUCGUUAUGACUUGGACUCCUUCUGACCUGGAUUCAUUAUGAAUUGGACUCCUUAUGACCUGGACUCGUUAUGACUUGGACUCGUUAUGACUUGGACUCCUUCUGACCUGGACUCCUUAUGACUUGGACUCGUUAUGAAUUGGACUCCUUAUGACCUGGACUCGUUAUGACUUGGACUCCUUAUGACUUGGACUCGUUAUGAAUUGGACUCCCUAUGACAUGGACUCCUUAUGACCUGGAAUCAUUACGAUCUGGAAUCAUUACGAUCUGGGAAUCGUCAUGACUUGGACUCCUUAUGACCUGGACUCAUUAUGACCUGGACUCGUUUUGACCUGGACUAAAUAUGGAGAAUAACAUAAUAUUGUUUUGAUAACAGAUUUAAUAUUCUUAUCAAAAACAGCUUCCCCCCCACGUUAAAAGAUCUCAUCAGGACUUCCUGCUGCUUUACGCUCCAAAAUAAAAGACCUCCGAGGCACUUCCUCCCUUUUGCUGGCUACAGUGUCACUUCGUCAGACCGAGCGUUGCUUCUCUCGGUCUCCUCAUCAAAAAAUUUGGCAAAUAUUGAAAUUGGGGGCGUCGGCCGCCACAGCUCCGCCUCCACUUCCUGCCUCCGUCCCACCUCGUUCAUCCUCUGACGGACCUCUAGAGAUGCUCUCACUUUGCUCGGUGUGUUUUUAUAAAGACCUGUAGAUGUUUGUUAGGAGCUUUUUAAUAUCUCCGUCACACCGGAGUCGCUCCUCCUCGAGUUUGCUCGUCGGCAGACAGGAAGUGACCCGGAGACGGUUUCUUCUGAAGGGACAACAACGCUGUAGAUUUGUACAGAGGUGAAGAUGUUUCCUGUUUGGUGUGUUUGAGUUGUGAAACCUGGAGGAAUGUUAAUAAAAACUACAACGAGUCAAA